AUGGAACGCUCUGUUCUUGCCACUCUUUCCAUGGCAAUUAUUUGCAGCGCAGCAGCCCAAGCUGCUGUGGUGGAGCACACUUUCAACGUAGGGAACUUAACGGUGGAACGACUGUGUAAGACGAGAGUUAUAACGGCAGUUAGCGGAAAGUUUCCAGGCCCAACGAUACGUGCUCAUGACGGCGACACCAUUGUCGUUCACUUGGUCAACCAGUCCCCUUACAACAUCACAGUCCAUUGGCACGGGAUAUUUCAGGUGAUGAGUGGGUGGGCUGAUGGGCCGAGCUACGUAACCCAAUGCCCCAUAUUACCCGGAAACAACUAUACUUAUAGGUUCACCAUUAGCGGGCAAGAAGGCACGCUCUGGUGGCACGCGCACGUCUCCUUCCUUCGAGCCACUGUUUAUGGCGCACUCAUCAUUAAGCCCCGCCAUGGUACAAAAGCCUACCCUUUUCCCCAGCCCUACAAGGAAGUGCCCAUCAUUCUCGGAGAGUGGUGGGAUGCGAGUGUUGUGGAUGUCGAAAAUGAGGCCCUCGCCGCCGGCGGCAUUCCAAAUAUUUCCGAUGCUUUCACCAUCAACGGAAGGCCCGGCGAUCUAUAUCCUUGUUCCCAGCAGCACACGCAUAAGGUGGAGUUAGAGCAGGGAAAAUUAUACCUCUUCCGACUGAUCAACGCCGCCCUCAGCCACCAGUUCUUCCUCAAAGCAGCCGGCCAUUCUUUCACCGUCGUAGCCGUGGAUGCGUCCUACACUACCCCACAAACCACACAAGUCAUCCUCCUCGCUCCCGGCCAAACUGUCGAUGCCCUUCUGCUGGCCGACGCCGUUCCCGCCGGUGACUAUUACCUCGCCGCCCGCCCAUUCAUCAGCAUUCCUCCAUCCUCCGCCUCCUUCGCAUUCAACAACUCCACCACCACAGCUCUCCUCCGCUACUCAAACACCACUUCUGAUCGGCCGCCACCAGUGAUGCCAUCCCUUCCGGCUUUGAACGACAUCUCCACCGCCUAUCUGUUCUACACCAAUCUCACAGGAUUAACAGGGCCAGACCGGCCCGCUGUUCCUAUUGUAGUGGAUGAGAGAAUGUUUGUUACUUUCGGGCUAGGGCUGAUCCCUUGCGGCCCGGAUCGGCCCAUGUGCUUGGCUGCCAGCAUGAACAACAUUUCGUUUCAGUUUCCGCAAGAAAUGUCGCUUUUAGAGGCGAGGUUUGGAGGAGGCGGCGGCGGCGUGUACACGCAGGACUUUCCGGAGCGGCCGGCGGUGAAAUUUGAUUUUACGAACGUAAAGGCGAGUUUGGAUCCAUCGGUGUUGGUGGUGGAGAAAGGGACGAAGGUGAAGAGGGGGCUUGGGAAUUUCAAUGAAUCCGCGCCGCCACUCCCGCCGACCUUCAAUCUCCUCAAUCCCCAGGUAAGAAACACAGUUGCGGUUCCCGCCGGCGGAUGGGCGGUCAUUAGAUUUGUAGCAAAUAAUCCAGGCAUUUGGCUCAUGCAUUGUCACUUGGACAUUCACAUGUCUUGGGGACUGGCCAUGGCUUUUGAGGUCGACGACGGUCCAACGCCUUCGACGAGUCUACCUCCGCCGCCGGCCAACCUUCCUCGUUGUUGAAGAUAGCAAAUGGGAAGGUUAUUAUACAAAUAUAAUUUAUUAGGUUUUGUAAGCAUGAUAUGUA